AUGGCCUCCACCUCGUUAGAAUUCAUUCCCUGUGGAAUCUGCGGAGUCGAGCGGAAAGAGCCGUACAAAUGUCCCAGAUGCUCCAUUCUGUACUGCAGUCUCCAAUGCUACCGAAAUGUGAAACACUCGGAGUGCUCUGAAAAGUUUUACCAAGAGCAAGUGCAGAGGGAACUUUCUGGCAAGAAGGCGGAUAUGAGUCACAAAGGCGAAGAAUAUAGAGAGAAAAUGCAAAAGUUCCUCGACGGAGAUUGGAGUGGCAUCGAAGAAGGUGAACUUCUGGACUCGGAUGACGACGAGGAAGGACGGAAUCACGAUCACGACUGGCAAAGAGAAGAGGACGAGGCGAUGAAGAAGACUGUCCAGGACACAAUUGACGACUACGAAAUGGACGACGGCGAAAUUGAGAGACGGAUGAUUGCCCUCGGAUUAUCGGAUGACGUCGACGAACUUCUGAACACUUUGACGCCAGAAGAACGGGAAACUUUCAAGACACUGGCUUCGCAGAUGCAGGAGGAAGAGCUCGGACUCAGCAAUUCUUGUUUCGCCCCUCAAUAA